UAUCAAUAAAUAUUUGGAUUAUUAAAUUUGAAUAAUAAAAACUCCAAGCAAACAACAACAACAAAUUAUCAACAUGAUGAUUCACGAGAAAUUAAUGUCCGGCCAAUUCCUACUGGAUUUGAAAAAUGAUCGCUCUGGCUUAUUACAAGCUGCCGCUGUAGCCCAUCACCAGCAACAACCCUUGCCUCAUUUACAACCACCUUCUCCACCAAUGCCUGCCUUGGAUCUUUACUCAGCCUAUGCCUAUCAACAUCAAUUGCAACAACAAUUGUUAAACUCUGCCAUGCCACAUCAUAUGCCUUCAGCCAAUCCCAUGCCUCAACCACCAGCAGCCGAAGUUCUUGAUCUCUCACGUCGUGAUGCUGUUGAAACAACACGCACAACUCCCUCUCCUUAUCAUACAAACGCCAGCUUUGGCACUGGCUCACCCGCUGUAUCCCCCACUAAUUUUAUGGCUCAACAGCAGCAACAACAACAUCAACAUAAUGCCGCCUCCCUUUUGCCUGCCAAUCUAUUGUAUGCUGCCCAAGCUCAAGCCCAACAACAAGCUCAAAAUAUCAACAAUAUGAAUAUACCCGCUAAUUUGGCCGCCUUAUAUCCCGGUCUCUACUAUCCAGCUUCUGUUAAACAAGAACCCAUGUCUACCACACCACCACCAACCUCAGUGCCCAUGUCACAACCUGCUCCUGCCUUAGCCAACAAUAAUAUCUUGCAAACUUUUGCUGCUGCUGCCGCUGCUACUUCCCUUAAACAUGAUGCUCCCCAGCCUCAUUCUCCCCAACAAGCUCAACAAUCCACCACCACCGCCACCACACCCACCAGCAGCACCAGCAACUUGGCUUCCCACGAUCCCAAAAACACCCGUCCCUUCAAGGCUUUCCCCAGAGAUCCUUUAGUCAUUGCUGCCAACUUUGCCGCCACCGAUGUCUUGCUCGACAAUCCCCGUGUUGAACGUUAUACUGAAUACCGCAAACGAGUGCUAGAGCAAAUUCGCUCUUCCAAUGGUGGUUCUCGCUGUGUUACCAAUCCUAAAAUGCGCCGCACCAACUCCGCCAGUGGCAGCAUUCAUGAGGGUUCCUCCAGCAACAACAGCGAAAAUGAUGACCGCCAUCAUGAAGAGUCCAGUGAUUGUGAUUCCAAUUCGGGCCAUGACUCUCAGUUGGCUGGCAAUUCACAAGACAACACCAAUGCCUCCGGUGGCAUAGUCAAAGAUGCUGCCUACUUUGAACGCCGCCGCAAGAACAAUGCUGCUGCCAAGAAGUCCCGUGAUCGUCGUCGCAUCAAGGAGGAUGAGAUUGCCAUUCGUGCUGCCUAUUUGGAAAGACAAAACAUUGAGCUCUUGUGCCAAAUUGAUGCCCUUAAAUCUCAAUUGGCUGCCUUAACCUCAAAAAUGUCUUAAGUUUAUCAU